CCCAUUAUCAUCAGUGGGCGAAUUUUAUUUAAGAUCCCGAGAUCACCAUCUCUCUCAAUCGUCUCGUAGAAGCAAAAGGAAAGGUCGAUUCAAAGAUUUAAAAUUUGAACUACAGAUACAGAGAGAGAGAGAAAGAGAACGGUGUAAUGGCGACGACGGCUAAGAAUUUGAAGGGUUUCUACAAGCAGACGAAAAGAAAUAUCACCGGAGGUAUCUCCAAGUCCAAGCCUUCUUCCCGGAAAGUCACUCCUAAACACGCGGCCACUCAAGGUUCUGAUGCUACGCAGCCGGCGGCGUUGAUUUCGCACGGCUCCCUCGAUCUCAAUGACGCUUAUGACAAGGAGGAAGAGAUGCUCAGACAAUUUGACAUGAACAUGGCUUACGGUCCGUGCUUGGGUAUGACAAGACUUGACCGAUGGGAACGUGCACUGCGUCUAGGGAUGAAUCCUCCCAGUGAAAUCGAGAGGCUUUUGAAAACUGAGAAAGUUCAGCAAGAUUGUCUGUGGCAAGGUCGUGUCUAAAGUUUCAAUCUUUUUUUUAUCUAUGUCCUUGUAUGAUCCCGUGUCACUUGCAAAACUCUUGUCUUUUGUGAAUGUUUGGUUCAGCCACUGGCUGGAUCACCCACUUUUCUGGUGUUAAUGUUUGAAACCUUCUUAAU